AUGAACGCGGGUCUCUCUUCGCUUAACGGCUCUGCGGCGCACCAAUCCCCUAACACCACCCAGCAUAUCUGGAUUAUCACAGGCCCUGCAGGGUGUGGAAAGAGUACCGUUGGAUUCCGGCUGAAGGAGGAAUUGAACGUUCCCUUCAUUGAGGGAGAUGACUUUCACCCGCAGUCGAACAAGGACAAGAUGGCCAACGGGAUCCCUCUCACCGACGAAGACCGCUGGGACUGGCUCAUUUCGCUGCGCAAAGCGGCGAUUGACCUGCUCUCUCCCUCCGAGGCAAACGGUUACCAAUCUCCCUCGGGCGUGGUUGUCGCCUGCUCCGCCCUGAAGCAGAAAUACCGCGACGUCAUGCGCAUCGCCGCCUACGGCGCCCCCAACGUCCAGAUCCACUUCAUCUACCUCAAGGUCGACGAGAGCGUGCUCCUCAAGCGCGUCGCGAACCGCAAGGCACACUACAUGAAGAGCGGCAUGGUGCACUCGCAGCUGCAGGCCCUUGAGGAGCCGCAGGGCGAGUGGGACGCUCUCACCGUUCUGGUCGAUGGACCGCCUGACACCGUCCAGAAGAAGGUCUCGGAACUUGUCGCGGCCAAAUUGGCCGAACAGGGCGUCCGUGUAUAG